CCCAUCCUCUUCUUCCUACUUUAAACCACCUACAUUCAGACAUCGAGCGACAUGACUGGCGAACCCAACAAGCUCAACGCACAGGCGAACUCUGCGAAAGGUACCGCUGAGCAGACGAUUGGCGAUCUUACCGGUUCGACUUCUUGGAAGAGCUCCGGUAAAGAAGAUCAAGCCAAAGGGCAAGCCGAGUACAAGGGCGCGCAAGCUAAGGGUUACGGCGAAGGUACCCUCGACCGCCUCGCUGGCGCCAAGGACUCCAUCGUCGGCGCCAUCACCGGGGACAAGACCCAACAAACCUCAGGCAACGUUCAGAAUGAGAAGGGCAAGGCUCAGCAGGAGUUGAACAAGUAGGCCUAUGUGGCUGGGUUGUCAGGUCGGCGGCGUGAUUUUUUUGUACCAUGGGUUGUGAAUAUUUUGUACGAUUGUGAAAUCAGAGUGAUUGUUGUGCUUGCGCU